AUGCCUGAGAAGAAAUCAAGGCAAGCUACGCUGGGGUACGUCCGAGAUUCGCAAACCACAAUUGGGAAGUUCUUUGGUUCUGGAGCCGCUCAAGAGUCCAAUGGCGCGCCUAAGCGACAAACAACAUUAUCCUUCUCCAACGGCAAUAAAGGGAAAGAUGCAUCAAAGACGGAAAAGGCCGAGGCUGAACAGGAAGGCAACGAGGCGGAUGUCGAUAACACGGAAUUAAAAGACGAGGUCUCGGUUUCGCCCUCCAACGGAGUAAAGAGGGAUCAGGAAGUAGUGGCCGAUGAAAAUUCCGACUCGGACAUCCAACCUGCUACUAAGAGACGGAGGAAGACCACCAAAAGCCCGGAACGCAAGAAAUCCGCGAAAGGGACAUCAGUCGACGCUGCAUCUCCCCCCAAACCCGUCAAGAAAGCGUCUGGUGAAGAGACUCCAAUUGCAGAAGAUGCCGCCGAACCUGCCGAGGAGGUGUCCGCGAGCGAAGAAGAGGAUGAAAGGCCCGAAGUCAAAAAACAGCAGAUAGAAAAGGUUCGCGCCACCUUAGAAAGCUCCGGUAACGACCCUUAUCCGGACUGGAAAGCUGGGGAGCCUGUUCCGUAUGCUGCUCUAUGUACAACCUUCUCCCUCAUUGAAAUGACCACAAAGCGUCUUGUCAUUUCAGCGCAUGCGUCUCUCUUCCUCAACCAAGUUCUCCGACUCACUCCUGGAGACUUCCUGCCAACCGUACAAUUGAUGAUCAACAAAUUGGCGGCCGACUAUGCUGGUAUUGAGCUCGGUAUCGGCGAGUCUCUGAUUAUGAAAGCCAUUGGAGAGACUACCGGUCGAAGUCUGGCGGUUAUCAAAGCCGAUCAGCAUGAAAUUGGUGACUUGGGAUUAGUUGCGGCUAAGAGUAGAUCGAACCAGCCCACGAUGUUCAAGCCGAAACCUCUGACUGUCAGAGGUGUUCACGAAGGGCUUUUGACGAUAGCAAAAGUCCAAGGUCACGGAUCUCAAGAUAAGAAAAUUUCUGGGAUCAAGAAGCUUCUGUCUGCAGCUGAUGCUGCCACUGCCGGCAAGGGUAGCAAGGGAGUGGACAUUACCAAGGACAAGGGAGGGCCCAGCGAAGCAAAAUUCCUUGUUAGAUUUUUGGAAGGAAAAUUGAGACUGGGGUUAGCUGAAAGGACGGUUUUGGUUUCUAUUGCACAAGCAGUGGUUGCCUAUGAAGCCGCCCUCAAGGGGGAGAAAGCUCCCAGCACCGAACAGCUAUCACAGGGAGAAGCAGUGCUCAAACAGACCUACAGCGAACUGCCUUCGUAUGAAGUUAUUAUUCCAGCUAUGCUGGAGCAUGGGAUUCUCAACCUUCCCAGGGAGUGCAAAUUGCAACCCGGAGUCCCUCUUAAGCCCAUGUUGGCAAAACCUACGAAAUCGAUUACUGAAGUCCUCGACCGAUUCGAGGGCAAAGACUUUACUUGCGAGUACAAAUAUGACGGGGAACGGGCUCAAAUCCACUACGCCGCACCAGACUCGGUUCAUCAAUACCCCAAUGCCACGGCAACUUUGCAGAAAGAUUCCAAGGGACUCAGCUCAAUCUUUUCACGAAACUCGGAAGAUUUGUCAAAGAAGUAUCCAGACAUCCUCGCGAAGCUGAACACAUGGAUCAAACCAGAUGUUUCAAGCUUUGUUCUGGACUGCGAAACUGUCGCCUGGGAUGUCCAAGAGAAAAAGGUUCUCCCUUUCCAGCAGUUGAUGACUCGCAAGAGAAAGGAUGUGAAGGCAGAAGAUGUCAAAGUCAAGGUUUGUGUCUUUGCGUUUGACCUCCUUUUCUUGAAUGGCGAACCCACGGUCAAGAAGAGCCUGCGCGAACGACGUCAGCUUCUCCACGAUUCUUUUCAACAAACUGAAGGAGAGUUUGCCUUUGCCCAGCAUGGAAACACCAACGAUCUGGAGGAAAUUCAACUUUUGUUGGAUGAAAGCGUCAAAGCAUCAUGUGAGGGACUGAUGGUGAAGAUGUUAGACACCGAGGAAAGUGGCUAUGAGCCUAGCAAACGAAGCCGAAAUUGGCUCAAGGUCAAAAAGGACUAUCUCGCCGGCCUCGGUGACUCUCUAGACCUGGUCGUUUUAGGAGCGUAUUUCGGCCGCGGAAAACGUACAUCGGUAUAUGGCGCUUUCCUCCUUGCAGCGUAUAAUUCCAGCAAGCAAACAUUUGAAACUGUCUGUAACAUUGGAACCGGAUUCUCCGAAGCCGUACUGGAGGAACUCCACAAGGAACUCUCCCCUCUUGCCAUCGACCGGCCCAAACCGUUUUACGAGCACUCCAGCGUACCCAAGGACCAGCCAGACGUCUGGUUCGAGCCACGGCUCGUAUGGGAAGUAAAAGCAGCAGACCUCACGCUCAGCCCACGCUACAAAGCCGCCGCCGAUGAAGUCGUGGGAACCACGGGGGGUAGUGGUGGUGGUGGUGGUGCCGGCAAAGGCAUCUCCCUACGUUUCCCACGCUACAUCAAGGCCCGAGAUGAUAAAAAGCCCGAGGAAGCAACCACUACUCGCGCGGUUGCAGAAAUGUAUCGCAAGCAGGAAGCUGUUGCAAAGGAAAAUUCUGGGAAAAAGGGGGUUGACGAUGAUUUUGAAUAUUGA